AUGGCUGCAUCCGCAAAGGAGAGGUUCGCCCUCAUCAAUGAGAAUCUCCAGGAGGUUCUCAAUCCCGAGCUGAUUGAGAGUAUUCUCGAGAAAGGCGGUACCCCGCGUAUCUAUUGGGGAACCGCUACCACCGGCAGACCUCACUCUGGAUAUUUCGUCCCCGCUAUCAAAAUCGCCCAGUUACUCGCAGCCGGCUGCGAGGUGGUCAUCCUCCUUGCGGACGUCCACGCAUUUUUGGAUUCUAUGAAAGCGCCCCUUGAGUUGGUCGAGAACCGUGUCAAAUACUAUGAGAAAGUUAUCAGGGCAAUCCUAGAGGCUGUCGGUGUAUCGACAGAGAAGCUCGAGUUCGUGCUCGGAAGUUCCUACCAACGAAGCUCCGAAUAUGUUAUGGACGUCUACAGACUCGCAGCAUUGACCUCUGAGCAUGAUGCAAAGAAGGCCGGUGCAGAGAUCGUGAAGCAAUCUGCCAAUGCGCCAUUGAGUGGCCUGUUGUACCCGAUUCUUCAGGUCCUUGACGAGGAAUAUCUCAAGGUUGAUGCCGAGCUUGGUGGAUUAGAUCAGAGAAAGCUAUUCGUUGCUGCGACUGAGUGGCUUCCCAAGCUUGGAUAUCGAAAGCGCGCCCAUCUUGUUACACCAAUGGUAGCAGGUCUGAACGGCGGUAAAAUGAGCUCUAGUAUCGAAGACAGCAAAAUCGACCUCCUCGAUUCCCCCGAUGCGGUAGCCAAAAAGAUCCGCAAAUCAGAAGCCAUUCCCAAAGUUGUCGAACAAAACGGCAUAAUCGCCAUGAUAGAAUACGUCCUCCUUCCCGCAGCGGCUCUUGCAGGCAAGAAGGAAUUCCGCGUUGAGCGCCGGGAUGAAGAACCUUUGAUCUACACCGAUAUUCAGCAGAUCAAAGAUGACUAUACAAAGGACAUUUUAACCCCCCAACUCAUAAAACCUGCUGCUGCAGACGCUCUAAUCCGUCUCAUGGCACCUAUUAACAAAGCUUACGAGGCCUCGCCUGAAUGGCAGGAAAUCAACCUAAAGGCGUACCCGCCUCCACCAAAGAAGGAGAAGAAGGUCAAGAAUAAAGGAACCCGUUACCCCGGAGCCGAUAAACAAACAGAACUUGCGGAGCGCCCGAAGGAGGAGGCAUAG